AGCAGCAGCAAAAACAAUUUGCUAUAUACGGGCUCGACGGCAACAUCAACAGGAGCCGCUCAGGCCGUGCCAUCCGUCUGCAUCGCCGGCAAUCGCAGCAUGGUCACAUCUUCAGCAUCGCCAACGGGUACGGGCUGGUCGUCGCCGGGCGAUUAUAAGAGCGCCAGUACAGCGGUUGCUGCUGCUGCGGUGGCAGCGGCUGCGGUCAUGUGCGAGGUGCUGCCAUCUAGCAGCGCCAGUGUUGGCAGCAGCUCGCCAACAGGUGGCGCCAGCAAUGGCACCGCCAAUAGUGCACACAGUGCCAGCGGCAACAAAAACAAUAGCAACAACAACAACAACAACAACAAUGCAGUGCAUCAGGAUCUGCUGUGGAUGGAAAGAUUUGUGCGCGAAAGACAACAGGAGUAUCCAGGAGAAUUGGUGCGUACGAGCAAUCCGUACUUUCUCUGCUCCGCCCUGCCCACCCACUGGCGUUCAAAUAAAACGCUACCAUUGGCCUUUAAGGUCGUCGCAUUGGCGGACGUUGGCGAUGGCACCUAUGUGACCAUCCGGGCGGGCAACGAUGAGAACUGCUGCGCCGAGCUGCGCAACUACACCGCCCAAAUGAAGAACGGUGUGGCCAAGUUCAAUGAUUUGCGCUUCGUGGGACGCAGUGGUCGAGGUAAGAGCUUUACACUGACAAUUACCGUUGCAACAAGCCCACCACAGGUUGCCACCUAUGCCAAAGCCAUCAAAGUGACCGUUGACGGUCCAAGGGAGCCGCGCUCCAAAACAAGCCCACCCGGCGGUCCCCAAUAUCGAGCCCUGACUGUGGGCCAGCCACCAUUCAUUGACGGUUACCAAAAAACACUUCGCGAGCUCGAAAAUCUACGUCGGUCCGCAAAGGUUGCGGCAGCCACGACGGCAGCGGCGGCUGCUGCUGUGUCGGUUGCAUCGGCCAGCAAUGCGUUAACCACAAACGCUAGUAUUGCUCAACAGUUGAGCAGCAAUUACUCAUCGUCGAAUAGUACAAUAAAUUCGGAUUGCCAGGGCUACAAACCCAAUGCGCCACAAAUUCAAGAAACGGAUCUGAUAGGCGCCGCCGAAUGGACAGGCUCGACCAGCAGCGGUGCCUAUCCAGUUGGCAUGGGCGUUGGUGUACCCUAUCAUCAUGCACACUCCGGUCACAGUCACUCUCACUCGCAUUCGCAUGGGCAUCAUCAUCAUGCGCACCACUUGCAACAUCAGGUUGCGCUACCGCCACCACCUCCACCGCCAGCUGCCGCACCGGUGGCAGUGGGCAAUGCGACAGCGAUGAAUCAUUAUGGUAGCACAAUGGGUGGCUACGAUACAACCACAUUGGACGCUGGCAAUUAUCAUUUGUCCACGGUGCUGCCGGAGAUGCAUGGCUUCUCCGCGGAUCCGUAUCAGACAGCAGGUAGCUAUGGGGGCGCCGGCUGCAAAUCGGAUCUGGAAUCGCUUAACGCCAGCUACGGUGCACCACCACCACCACCGACGGCAUACAACAAUGCGGCGACGGCCUGGUCGAAUGGCUAUAAUAACUAUCAGUAUGGCAGCUGUUCGGCAACGGCCGCCCAAUAUGGUGGUGCUGGUGGACACGGUGGAGCACCACCGCCACCGCCGCCAGUGGUGCUGUAUCCGCAGCUGUAUUCGACUGUCAACCAGAAUCAGAUACAUCUGCAUCUGCACAGCAGCGAGAAGCUGGAACAGUACCUGUCCACAGAUCAGCAAUUGACCAUCAGUUCGCUGGCCAACAGUCGUUCCAGCAUUGAGAUUGGAUUGGGCGCUGGCACUGGUGGCAUACCAAUGGGGCAAGACCAGCAGCAGGAGCAGCAGCAGGCAGCGGUCGCCAUUGCCGAGCAGGCGGCGGAAGGUGCUGCACACAACUAUCACUUGCAUCAUCAUCAUCAUCACCAGCAUCAACACGAAGCUCAGCGCCAACUUGAGGUACAACAACAACAACAACAACAGCAGCAGCAGCAACAGCAACAGCAGCAGCAGCAGCAUCAGAGUGAUGUAAGCAGCGAGGCGGCGAGGGAGGAGGAUGUGGGCGAUAUGACACAAGUGUGGCGCCCCUAUUGACCCAUAGAACUGAAACACAACUGCAACUAGGCGGAAAUAUCACCAACAGCAACAAGAUAAACACAUAUUUCUUGCCUCAUCUAAAUUAAAUCACUUUUAAGAAACAUUAUUAUUUUAUGAUUUGUUUUUUUUUUUUUUCCAUCAUAACUUAUAACUUAUAAUGCCUAUAAGGAAGUGGACUGUAAAUAAUACCCAUUAUGUGUAGCACAUGUAUGUAUAUGUAUUUA